GAAGGCAGAAUAUAGAUGUCAGAGUCUGAAGUGUGAUUUAAUUGGCGUGUGCUCACAGUCUAUGUAAAUGACAGUGUUUGGCUCCGCCCAUGCACCUGAUGGGGAGUAUUUACGGCUCUUUUCUGCUACCCGCUGCACUGUUUCCAGGAUCGCAGCGCCGCACCAUGACGCUUCACUGGAGUAAGAAAUAAGGAUUUCCCUCACUCCGUCCUCAAGGAUCCCGUUCGAUUGUCUUCACUAAAAGUUUACCAAAGUUGUUUUCCAAGAUGCCACGCUCUUUUCUGGUCAAGAAACACACAAACUCGGCCAAGAAGCCAAAUUAUAGUGAGCUGGAGAGUCCCACAGUGUUCAUUUCUCCGCACAUCUACAAGAGCCUCCCGCUGCCUGUCAUCCCGCAGCCGGAGAUCCUGAGCCCGGCCGCGUACAGCCCGGUCCCGGUGUGGACCACCAGCAGCCUGCCGCUGUCCCCGCUGCCCACUGACCUCUCUCCCAUGUGCGGAUACCCCUCUUCUCUCUCCGACACCUCCUCUAAAGACCACAGCGGCUCCGAGAGCCCGAGGAGCGACGAAGAGGAGCAGCUGCUGGCCAAACUAACGGACCCUCACGGCGUGGAGGCUGAAAAAUUCCAGUGCAGUUUGUGCACAAAGUCCUACUCCACGUACUCCGGACUGCUCAAGCACAAACAGCUGCACUGCGACGCCCAGACGCGGAAAUCCUUCAGCUGUAAAUACUGCGAGAAGGAGUACGUCAGCCUGGGAGCUCUCAAAAUGCACAUCAGGACUCACACUUUGCCUUGUGUUUGUAAAAUAUGUGGCAAAGCUUUCUCCAGACCGUGGCUGCUGCAGGGACACAUCAGGACGCACACCGGAGAGAAGCCGUUCUCCUGCCCUCACUGCAACAGGGCUUUUGCUGACAGAUCCAACCUCAGGGCUCACCUACAGACCCACUCGGAUGUGAAAAAAUACCAAUGCAAGAACUGCUCCAAAACCUUCUCCAGAAUGUCUCUUCUGCACAAGCAUGAGGAAUCUGGUUGUUGUGUGGCACACUGAAGCGCUCCCACAGAAAAAAAGUCUGGUUUGUCUUUCCAGCAUAGAUCUUAAAGGACAAGUUUGCUUUAUUUUCCAAUCUAAAACACUAACAACAGUGAUCAUGUUCUGGCAUUUUAUGGUUACUUACACUGAUGCAACGUCUUCUCAUGAUGCAUUUUGUAUAUAAUAGGAAAAAUUAAGCAUGAUAUUUUGUGCAUAUAAUGCCCAUGUACAUGGUACAUGGGCAUUUUGGAUUUAACAUUCAAAAAAUGGACCUUUGCAUUUUGGUUGGAGUUAAAAUAGCAAUCAUAAUAAUCAAAGAGGACUUACCAAAUUUUUCCCCCCGAUGAUUCGCCAUCUUGUCAGUGACGUCAUCACUGCCUCUCAGUGGAGAAGGAAGUGUGAUAUCUAUGAAUUCAGCUGAAAAAUAUGUCAGAAUAUGUAUGGGUUUAUUAUUAUUAUUAUUAAUAUGUAUUAUUAUUAUUAUGCACUAUUUGCUACAAAUUUUCCAUGACAUUAGGCUGAGCAAUGAAAGCCAUCAGAAGGCUGAUGCACACUCUGAGUGCUAUGCCCUCUAAGAUGUAAGUUUAAAGCCUGAUUUAUGCUUCUCCACCUCCGCAGCUCCAUAGCCAAGCACAGUCCUCUGUGUGGUUGCAAACCCUCUCCGAGCCCCUCUCCGUAGCCUGAUGUGCACCUCCCAAAAAUUGAAAUUACACAUCAAAACAGGCUGUGAUUGGUCACUUUUCUGGUUUCACUCUUUCCUCUCCUGUAAGAUUUUAAAGUAUUUGUAGUGUGCACACCGAUUACAUUUUGAUCAUGGCUCAAAUAGAAGAAUGUUUGGCAGAAAAGUCCACAAAUAUGACCAACUUCACAACACAGUCAAAAAACUACAAAUACGUUCAAAUGACCCUCAAUUCAUUGUGAGAAUUUGCAUGUGAUGUUGGUUUGGAGGUCGCUGAUUGUAUAAUGAAGUGGAGGUCAUUGAGAGACAAAUUAGUCCAGAUAAAGGAAAAAAGACCA